GUUGGGCAGACGGCAGAAAGAACGGACUCGGACUCUCUGGCCCAUCCCCGUGUCUUGCCUGCCGACCUUUCCGCCAUCGCUAGGACAACUUCGUAAUCCUCAUCCGCGCUAGAGAGAGAACGAGAGAGAGAGAGAGAGAGAGAGAGAGAGAGAGAGAGAGAGAGAGAGAGAGAGAGAGAGAUGGCUUCGUCAGCUGCUGCUCCGUUGAUCGUCUCGUUCGGGGAGUUGUUGAUUGACUUCGUGCCAACSGUGAAUGGAUUGUCGCUCGCGGAAGCGCCGGCGUUCAAGAAGGCUCCAGGCGGCGCGCCAGCCAACGUUGCCGUGGGUGUGGCGCGAUUGGGCGGGAAUUCCGCGUUUGUGGGGAAGGUAGGGGAUGACGAAUUCGGCAGGAUGYUGGCCGCGGUGCUGGAGACGAACAAGGUGGAUGUUUCCGGCAUGACCUUCGACACGAACGCGAGAACGGCGCUCGCUUUCGUCACGCUGAAGCUCAAUGGCGAGAGGGAGUUYAUGUUCUACAGAAACCCGAGCGCUGAUAUGCUGUUGACGCCUGAGGAGCUGGACAGGAAGCUGAUCGAGAAAGCCGCCAUUUUCCAUUACGGAUCGAUCAGUUUGAUCUCUGAACCGAGUCGAUCGGCGCAUCUGGAGGCGAUGAAGAUGGCCAAGGCCGCWGGCGCCGUCCUUUCUUACGAUCCCAACCUUCGUCUGCCUCUAUGGCCGUCCGCCAUAGCUGCCAAGGAAGGCAUGCUGAGCAUCUGGAAGGAGGCCGACAUCAUCAAGGUCAGCGACGAGGAGCUGCUCUUCCUCACCGGGGAGAAGGAGGUGAGCGAGCAGGUCGCCCGCAGUCUGUGGCACGACGACCUCAAGCUCCUCGUCGUGACUCGCGGAGAGGAUGGCGCCGACUUCUACACGAARAGCUUCUCYGGACACGUGGACUCGUUCAAGGUCGAGACKAUCGACACCACCGGCGCAGGGGAUGCUUUCGUCGCGGCGUUGCUUGUCCGGAUCGCGGCUGAUCGGUCCAUCUUGGACGACAAAUCCAAGCUCGAGUCCACKCUGCGAUAUGCUUGCGCCGCCGGUGCMAUCACCACCACAGAGAGAGGAGCGAUCCCGGCUCUCCCUACUCCCGAGGCCGCCCUCGCGCUUCUAGCAAAAAACGUCACUGUCUAGAGCCGUGUUCACAGCAUUGGGAUCCUUACUUGGGGUCAAGCGGAGUUUCGCGAUGGACCUCAUCGUCGCCAAAAAAAGCUUGAGGCUGAACUUGUCGUCGGGUCCUUGAUUUCUCCCUUCUUGGUUCCAUUUUCCACAUCUCGCGCUGUUUUAUCUCAUGGCCUUUCUUCCUCCCGCCCCAUCGUUUUAUCUCAUUGCCUUUUAUCCUUCCACACCAUCAAUAACUGAGCGGAUGAUUAUUCGCUGUUUUAAGUUGGUAGGUGGGGUGAUGUGUUUUUUUUGGUUUUAUAUAUAUUUUUUUCCGUUGAUUCUGUCGGUUUCGCGAUGGAUCUGCUUUUCACA